GGUUAGGUCGGUAGAAGAAAACCGGGCAUCUAAGCAUAUACGGGGAUUUUUUUUUAACUUGCAGAAGCGCGAAUCGAGAGCUUCCAAAUGGAAAAAUGACCCUAAUCUCAAUUGAAUCGAGUAACUUCGCAUGGGCAAGUCGAUUUGGAUUUGCAUGCAUGCAAGCAAUGGAUAAUCGUGCUUAAUGCAGGAGUGAUUGUAUUCACAGGAGCAGUUGACGUCACAUCAACCAUGAAGGCUUCUUUGAAGCUGAGAGAAGGGCAGAAGCCGCUGGUUAGGGCUAAGAUUCCCAUUAACAUAUUAGGUCUACCGUUGAUCUCUGGGAUUGCUGCAGGAGAUAGCAAAGAAUUGUGCUUGCACUUGGGUACUUUCUGGGACGCAGGCCCUGCUGUAAAAGUCGCUUACAAGCCUAAUGAUACAUGGAAUCCUUUCAGUAUGGUGCUCAAAACGGGAAUCGGUGAGUGGGGUUCUCCUUCAGGGGCUGCCUUGGCGAUGACCGCAGAAAUUAAUCUUUUAGGUAGGGGAAAUCCUUCCUUUUUCUUGAACUUCAAACCCCAAUUCGGCGAUUUCACAAUUAAAAAGUCUGUCAGAUCUUCACUUGUAUUGCCCACAAAGCAAUCCGAGGAAGAUGGUUUGUUUGGGCCAAAGCACUUUCAAGCUCCUUUUAUACCAGAAGCAGUUAAAUCUGAUUUAAUUGAAUCUUCACAUUCAAAAGAAGCAACCCCAUCGAGGUUUCAGAUGAACUUCAAUGGGUUCGAGAAUGGGAGCUUAAAAGGUAGGGAGGAGGAUAGUGACAUGGAAAAUGGAAAUGGCACAGUAAGUCCUAAACUAUCAGAAAAUAAAAAUGGGUUUGCUUUAAAUAUGGCUGAAAAGAAAUCGUCACACAAGUAUCAGAUUGGGGAAACUUUGAAGGAAUUGAAAUCUGUGGGUGCCGAAAAAUUGCUAGAGGGUUUGUCUCUGACCGCACACAGCAAGUUCCCUGUGAGAAAGCAUGCUGUUGUUCAAGUCAGGUGGGGGGUCAAGCUACCUCUUGAUUUGCUCAACGGGUGGGAAGCAGGCAAUCAAUCUGGCUUUUCAAACCUUAAAUUGCCUUGCCUCUUUCUGGAGAAGGUUAGUAUUGAGAAUGUUGAACACAUGAGAAGUGCAAGAAAGGGAAGCCCUUUUGUCGGUUUGCAGCCUACGUUGGAAAAUCUGAUGUUGCAUGUAUUAAGGGAGGAGGCAAAUGAGCUUGCUCAUAUCACGGGCAUUUGCUACUCGAUGAGGAGACAGCUUCAUAUACUUCAGGCUGAAAACAGAGUGUUGAAGAAAACUAUGGAGGAUAUGAGUUCUGAGUUUGAACACAAGGGAAUUAGAAAUUCCAAUGAUAAUUUUCCUAAUGCAGAGGCCAGUUCAUGGCAGAAGCCCCUUGAAAGAGCGCCCGAGAAGGACAAAGUGAGGGAAGCAAACUAUAGAGAAAGUGACAAGAAAAAGAAUGGCACAAGAGACAAUUCCAAAAGGGAGAGCAAGGCACCAAAUGGUGCUUUUGGCAAUGAUUUUCCAACCAGUACAGGGAACUCAGCAGUGGAUGUUAGUGAAGAGCUCAAGAAAGCCAUUAGGGGUGCCUCUUGAAGCUUGGGUGAUAAGUAAAACAAUGGUUAGGGUGAGUUACUUAAUUUUCUACCCGUUAGCUUUAUAGUGGCAAAGCUAGAUAGUUGCUUUCUGAUACUAUUUUAAGCCUAUGUUUACUUGAGCACUUGGAAUAGGCUUUCUAGUUCCAAGAUAAGACUUAAUGAAUCUAGUUAAAUCCUAUUUUAUCUCCCAUAAAUUCCGUUUGGCUUUUUGUGAAUAAUUCGAAUGUUAUAAAUAAAUUUAGAUAUCUCUGUUUUAAUGUA